CAAACAAGUGCCGAAUUCGAUCUUCUACUGUCUUUCACGGUGCUCGGCGUGAAGUGGUGUAAUGUUAUUGUAAACCAUGCGUAUAGAAACGUGUUAUUUUUGUUCUUCCCGUAUCUAUCCGGGACAUGGAAUACAGUUCGUAAGAAAUGAUUGUAAGAUCUUCAAAUUCUGCCGAUCGAAAUGUCAUGCGGCUUUCAAGAAGAAGAAGAAUCCACGUAAAGUAAGGUGGACCAAAGCUUUCCGAAAAACAGCAGGAAAAGAACUUGCUGUAGAUCCAGCUUUUGAAUUUGAGAAACGAAGGAACAUACCACUGAAGUAUGACAGGGAGAUGUGGUCAAAAACUGUGGAAGCUAUGAAGCGUGUAGACGAGAUCAGGCAGAAGCGAGAGGCCCACCAUAUCAUGCAGCGGCUGCGGAAGGGCCGCGAGCUGGAGACCCAGCGUGACAUCAAGGAGGUACACAGGGACCUCUCGCUCAUCCGGUCUCCUGCGGCAGGCCUCAAGGACAGGGCCAAGGAAGAAGCCUUCGUUCAGGUUGAGGAAUCUGACACAGAAAUGGAAGUCGCAGAGACUGUCGAGCCGAUGGGAGCUUAACCGUGACUGUGUGUACUUAUUUGUUCUAAAGGAAAGUGAUCCGAAGGACUGAAAUUGACAAAGAAAAGUAAUCCGUGAUGUGUAGCAUAUUGCACUGUGUUAAUUGAUGACAAGUUUAUUUAAGAACUUACUGUUCUAAUUUCGCCAAAAUAAAUUCGAUAAGUUACCCA